AAGUGUCACAACACAUAAAUAUUAAGAAAAGGGUACGUUUGACAAAUCCAUUAAAAAAGAUGUAUGGCGUGACGUUUCUACCGUCGAUCAGAUACGUCUUACUUAACGGUACUUUAAACGUCGUUUAAACCUCUGUUCCGAAUUUCACUGCCAAUCCUAACCCUAACCGUAACCCUAACGUCCUUCCAAUGGCGUCGUGUGACGACGAAUUCACCCUCAUCACUGACGACACCUCCACACACCAACCAAACCCUAACUUCCACCACCAUCACCACCACCACUUCUCCGCACCACCGCCGUCACGGCCACCGCCGGAAGCUAUUCUCCAAUCCAACGGCGACGGUUACACCGACGACGCCUUUAAUUCACAACCUCUAGUCGUAGUUACGUACGAAAACGAAUCCGAUCCGAACAGAUCUGCCGUUAGCGGCGCGAGAAACGAUAAACGGAGCGAUCGCGAAGAGUUAAGCGACGGAGGAACGCCGUACAGUUACAAUAAGAAGGUGAAAAUCGCAAGUAAUUCGUCGGAUUACAGGAAGGAUCGAGAAGAGUGGAGUGAUGCAGCGAUUGCGUGCUUGUUAGAUGCGUAUUUGGAGAAGUUUGUGCAGUUGAACCGUGGAAAUUUACGAGUUAGGGAUUGGGAAGAGGUAGCGACUGCGGUUAGUGAGAGGUGUGAGAAUCAGUCGAAGAGUGUGGAGCAGUGUAAGAAUAAGGUGGAUAAUUUGAAGAAGAGGUAUAAGUUGGAGAGAAAUCGGAGUAUGAAUAAUAAUGGCGGUAGCGGUACGAGUCAUUGGCCUUGGUUUAAGAAGAUGGAGGACAUCGUUGGCAACUCGUUGCCGGUGAAAUCCGCGGUGGAUGAUGAUAAAUGUGUCGGUGGAUUGAAUGCGUCCGGUAGACAAUCGAAAAGAUAUAUGACAGCAACUUCGAGUGGAAGUGGUCAAAUUACUAACAUGGAGGCAAAGUCAGUGACGAGUCCAAGAUGGCGGAGAGUUGUUUUUAAAAUUAGUGGUGCUGCAUUGGCUGGAACUGGCUCACAAAGCACUGAUCCAAAGGUGGCAAUGCUGAUUGCUAGAGAAGUAUCACUGGCCUGCCAAAUGGGUAUUGAGGUGGCGAUAGUAGUUGGUGGUCGCAAUUUCUUUUGCGGGGACUCAUGGGUUGCAGCUACUGAUUCGGAUAGAAGUACUGCUUAUCAAAUUGGUAUGAUGGCAACUAUGAUGAAUUCUAUACUACUCCAAUCAACAUUAGAGAAACUGGGAGUUCAAGCACGUGUACAAUCUGCCUUCUGUUUGCCGGAUGUUUCUGAACCAUACAACAGGCAACGGGCAAUCCGGCAUCUAGAAAAAGGCAGAGUCAUAAUAUUUGGUGGUGUUAGUGCUGGCACAGGGAAUCCCCUGUUCUCUACUGACACAGCUGCAGCUCUAAGAGCCUCUGAACUUCAUGCUGAUGUGGUUAUUAAAGGUACUAAUGUACAUGGUAUGUACGAAUGUGACAACAUUAGCAGCGUUGCAUAUGAGCACAUUUCUUUCAGGGAGUUGGCUUCUAGAGGUUCAUCUCAGAUCGACAAGAUGGCUGCAACGUUUUGUGAAGAGAAUUCGAUUCCUGUUGUGAUAUUUUCUCUUCAUGAGCCUGGAAAUAUAUCAAGAGCAUUAUCUGGGGAAAACAUCGGUACACUAAUCGAUCAGACGGGGAGGAUUGGUUAAAUAUUAAUGACCCCGUCGCACUAUCAAGUUGAAAGUGUUAAUUUAUCAGGUUUGGGCUUCUUGUGAUUAUCAAUUUGUAACGAGUUUGGGUAUUAACGCUAACUUCUAUUAAUGUUUCUGUUAAAUUUGAGUAGAAUGACUAAAAUACCCUUUUAUAACUACAGGGACCAUUUAUGUAAUAAAUCAUUGUUAAUUACAGAGACCAUUUGUGUAAA